AUGCUCCAGACGCUACCAUUACUGAGCAUCCUAGCCUCGCUAGUGCUCCUAGCCACAGCUCUUCCUGUCAAACCAUCUCUCCAGCUUAUCAAGCGUAACAGCAGAUGGGAUUACUCCAGCGAUAAAAUCUAUGGAGUAAACAUUGGAGGUUGGUUUGUUUUGGAGCCUUAUAUCACGCCCUCGCUAUUCGAGGCCUUUGGUGAUAAUCCUCCAGUGGACGAGUAUCAUUACACGCAGCAACUGGGCAAGGACGAGGCUCUUAACAGACUCGAUGCUCACUGGUCGACCUGGAUUACGGAAAAGGACUUCGAGGACAUUGCUGGUUACGGCCUGAACUUUGCGCGUAUUCCUAUCGGUUACUGGGCUUUUCAAUUGCUUGACUCGGAUCCUUACGUGCAAGGACAAGAGGCUUACCUUGACCAGGCUCUGGGCUGGGCUCGCAACAACAAUAUCAAGGUCUGGAUAGAUCUCCACGGAGCUCCAGGCUCGCAGAAUGGGUUUGACAAUUCUGGACUUCGUGACCAAAUUGAGUUCCAACAGGGCGACAAUGUGCAGGUUACACUUGACGUCUUGACUUACAUCUCCAACAAGUACGGUGGAUCCGAUUACGCGGAUGUGGUCAUUGGAAUUCAGCUUUUGAACGAACCUCUUGGUUCCUCACUGGACAUUAGCGACCUGCAGAGUUUCUACUGGUCCGGUUAUGAGGCUGUUCGUAAUGCUGGUGAUGCUCCUGUGAUUAUCCACGACGCGUUCCUCCAAACAGGUGCUUGGAACGACGUUCUCUCUGUCGACCAGGGUGCCUGGGAUGUGGUUGUGGAUCAUCACCAUUACCAGGUGUUCUCCACAGGUGAGUUGCAACGUUCUAUUGCCGACCACGUAAGUGUGGCAUGUUCCUGGGGAACCGACGGUAACAGUGAGUACCACUGGAAUCUUUGUGGUGAGUUCACUGCUGCUCUUACUGAUUGUGCCUAUUGGCUCAAUGGUAUUGGAAGAGGAGCCCGUUAUGACGGCUCUUACGAAAGCUCGUGGAUUGGCUCGUGUGAUGGUCUGAACGACUACUCGCAAUGGGACUCCAACAGAAUCAGCGAGACUAGACAGUACAUCGAGGCCCAAUUGGAUGCGUUCGAGUAUGGAAAGAACGCUGGAUGGGUCUUCUGGUGUUUGAAGACAGAAUCAACCGUGGAAUGGGAUUUCAAGAGAUUAGUGCUGUUGGGAGCAAUCCCCCAGCCACUGAGUGAUAGAUGGUUCCCAGGUCAGUGUGGUUUCUAA